AUGGUACUGACGAUGAUACUUCCAAUCAAAAAAAUCAGUGUCCGGAGCUUGAAGAUGCCACAUUACAAAGAGGACUUCGAACACAUCUUCGCCCAGAUUGGUUUUGCAGGUUUUCUCAAAGAUUUAGAACGGCUGAACCAAAAUCUUGCUUCACCACUAAAUACCGCUGCUAUUAAGUGGAAGAAACUUAUCGAGUUGAAACACGCUGAGUGGAAGGCUGACGACAUCUGCGAUGCUGAGAGGAGGGAUAGACUGACUCAGGCUCUGCUUUCGGCAAAUGAGAACAUCGAAGCUUAUAUGGACUGCGAAGAGAGAGGCAAAGGACAUUUCGGCACAAAGAUGCGAAGAAAACGGGCUACCAGAAGAGAAAAGAAGAAGCUGAGGGAAGACGGUGGCACUGCCAUGGGAACAACUCUGACACAACGUUCUGGUGAGCAGAAGAAUUUCAAGAAUGCUAAGAUUAAGAAGAAGAAAGUAGUAGUUCAGAAAGACUCUAUUGCUUCCAGACUGAGAUCUAAGGUGGAUGCGCCAGAGCUACCUCCAAUUGAGCAGGACCCGUUGUUCCGAGCGCUAUCUCUUCAUACUGGUGGUCAGGAUGUCACGAUGGAGCUCUGA